AGUAGGGCGGGACGUCGCCGAGUUUCCAAACAUGGCCGCUAAGCCGUUGACUUCAUCUCCCCCUGCGUUCGGGUGAAUUAGUCACACUUUGAGGAAGUCAUUGGCAGCUCUGGACUUCAGCAACAGGUGGUUACGAAAAUGUAGACGCCCGUCGUAAGCCUCUAUAUUUUCCUAGCGAGUUAAAGUUGCGCGAGGGCAACCUUUACAAACUUUUUAUUCUGCACUUUUUGCUAACAAGCGCGGCGAGCUAACGCCGACGUCCCAACGCUAUCUUGGGUCAACUUUUCCCCCCAAGGCGGCCAGCCCGGAAUGGAGGAACACCUUCGCCCAACCAAGACGUCUGUUUUACUAUAUUUUCACUAGGGACGCAUCGGGCUUAACCCUCUCACGGAUUUCGACUUCCAAGCACUAGUUGAGUUAUUUGUCGCCUUUAGUGGAAGCUAGCAGUUCCAAACGCCCAUUCGUCGGAAACUCGACGGGGCAAACAUAAACAAUGUUUUCUGUCAAACCCACGAAACCAACUUUCAAGUGUUAUCUUCCUCCUGUGCAGAGUGAUGUGAAGAAGACCAUCGAACCCCCUAUUAAAAAGUUGGAACCAAAGCUACUUUCAGGGGAGAUAGUAGUGAACGAGGUGAACUUUGUGAGGAAAUGCAUCAGUGCUGAAAGCAGCCAAGAUGACCUUUGGGGGAAGUUGAUAUGUACCAAUUUUAAGGUCUCCUUCAUCCCUCAAGAUGCUCCAACAAAACAGAAGUUUCAGCUGUCCCACCUGCUGCUUGGAGACCAUGAUAUCCCCCUGACAUGUUUAGAGCACGUGGUAACAGUGAACGAUACAAAGGGGAAGAAGAAAGUUUUGGGUUCAAACCAAAAGCUCAAGUUUAACCCCACGGAGCUCAUUCUUUACUGCAAAGACUUGCGGAUCAUAAGGUUCUGCUUUGAUGAGGCUGGACCUGAGAGUGCGAAAAAGGUUUGUCUUGCUAUUGCUCACUACUCCCAUCCGGCUGAUCUGCACCUGCUGUUUGGUUUUGAGUAUCAGGGGCGACGGUACCAUGAAUCCAAAGCUGAGCGACUCAACGGGUCUGUCCGACGAGGAGGGUUACAGACGCCCAUUUUCGAUCGUCGGUCAGAGUGGGACAGAGAGAUCAAGAGAACGGGCGCCUCGGAGUGGAGAGUUUGCUCCAUAAACGAGCUUUACCACAUAUCCUCAAGUCUUCCAGAGUACAUUGUCGUCCCAGUUUCUUUGGCAGACCAAGAUCUAAAGCAGUAUUCUAUAUUCUUAACUGGCAACCGCCUUCCACUUUGGUGCUGGAAUCACCGCAAUGGAAGUGCUCUUGUACGCAUGGCUAGUGUGUGCGAUCCUGUCCAGCAGAGGAAGAUUGAACAAAGGAUCAUCACUGCUGUUACAAAAAGCCACCCACAGUGCAGUGAAGUCUUCAUUUCAGAUUUGGAUAAGGGUCUGCCGAACAUCCAGGACAUUCAGAGUUCUUUCGUAAAAAUCCGACAGAUCUGCGUCAUUGAUCCGUUUGAGGAGUCUGAGGAAAGAUGGCUUUCAUCCAUUGAAAACUCACGAUGGCUUGAGUAUGUCAGGGCCUUCCUGAAGCACUCAGCUGAAAUAGUGUACCAACUGGAUGGAAGGAGUGUUUCAGUCAUUCUCCUUGAGGAAGAGGACCGUGACCUGAAUUGUGUAGUGUCCUCCUUGGUGCAGCUCAUGGUGGACGCUCAUUAUCGCAGCCUUGUUGGAUUUCAGGGUUUGGUGCAAAAGGAGUGGGUGAUGGCAGGCCAUCGCUUCUUAGAUAGAUGCAACCACUUAAAAAAGAAUGACAAAGAGGAGUCCCCACUGUUCAUGCUUUUUCUGGACUGUGUGUGGCAAUUGAUGAACCAAUAUCCAGCUGCAUUUGAGUUCACAGAAGCCUACCUGACAGUCUUAAGUGAUAGCAUGUGGAUCCCACUCUUUAGCACUUUCCUCUUCAGCUCUCCUAAACAACGGGCUCAGUACUUAAUGGACUUUGCAAGGAAUAAAGCCAUCCCUCAAGGGGAGGACCCAGUAGUGUACUUUCCUCCUGUGUGGGAUUGGUCACAGCAAUUCUCUACCAAAGACCAAACCUUAUUUAACAACCCCAUGUAUGUUGGAAAAGGAACCGCGUGUGUUCUCAAUGGGGAAGUGAAAAGCUUUAGACGCACAAAGAAAUAUGGUUCCGGCUUCCGAGGGGCCUCUGCAUCUCUGCGUAAUGGACUAAAAGGCGGGGAGGAUGCACUCACCCGUCGAGGUUCUCUGGGAUCGGAGUUAAAAAACGACUUCUCACCACUAAAAUAUGUGGUGGAGAGUCCGUCGGAGCGCUUCUUCAGGGAGUGGUUCUCCCGCCCCGCUGAUCAGCAGGGCCUCUUGAUCCCACUCCUCACACCAUCUCACUUGCCUCUCUGGAAGCUCUACUUCCUUCGCUGGGUGCCAGAAGCUUGCAUUUCCAAAGGGGGGUCCAUUACCGCCUACCACAAGCUCUCACAACUGGUGGACGAAAUUGAGAUGCUACAGAACCAUCUCAAGCAAUACAAGGCACCCACCCCAGCCGGCGCACCGCCCCGUAGUCCAAAAGAGGCCCCUGCUGACCAAAGGCGGAUGUAUUUUGAGGCUGCGUCCCCAAACGAUUCCCCUCCACAAUUCCUUACCUCCUCUUUUCCUUUCACUCCCGUUGGUAACCUGUGUCGCCGAAGUAUUCACGGAACCCCCAUCAGUAAAUUUCUCAACGGGGCAAGGAUCUGGCUCUCCACAGAGACGCUUGCUAGCGAUUCCCUAUAAAACUGUGUGAGGUUUCCUUUCGAUUACUGUUACCACUCUUAACCAUACAGAUGAGUAUAGCAAAGUAACUUCUGACUUUUUAUGUUGAAAUUCUUUAUAAGCUAAAACUUGCACCAUUGAUGCUAAACCAAAAUCUGAGGCAAUUUAUAGAAGAGCAUCGACAGGAAUAUAACUCCAAUAAUCCAUCCAAGUUAAAUACAGAUUGCCGAAUAAGUACAUCCUCCUCAUUGGCCAGUGACGUACUACUGUGAUGUGCCCGCAUACUGUGAAUAUUUUUUUCAUAUUAAAAGAUGUAUUUUACUUUCCCCUCUUCACUCUUCAAAUUAGCUAAAGAUAACAGCUUGCAUAAGAUUUGCAACCAGAAGUCUUAUCCAGAUUUUAUCACAGCAACAAUGAUGUAUUUAUUCCCAAACACCGAUUUCAAACAUAUGUGCAACUUAUAGGAAAUGUGUUGGCCAUCAUUUACUUGGGAGUUUUUCUUCCCAUAAUUUAGAGCAGCACAAUGUAACACUACUAACCGCCAUUCUAUGCCUAGUGGUGCAAACAAAGUUUGAGGCAUGUGCGUGAAUGUAUAUUUCCUACCAUAAACUUCGUGCUAUUUUCUUGCAAAUUCAAUUUUUUGUGUUUUGCUGUCCUGUGCGAUUCAGGGUAGAUUUGAGAUAAACUUACAGAUAGAACCAGAGAUUGAAAACAAAUGUUUUUUUUUUUUUUGUUUUUUUUUUUUUUUACAGUUUGUCCACAAGAACUAAUGGGGUCUUAAAACUGCUCAGUGUCACAAUAGCGGGGGACUCAACACAGUACCUAAUAUGACGCAUUUUAUGCUAAUGUAACAUUCCUUCGCAAUAACUUGCAACUAAAGAGUGUAUGGUGUGAGUGAAAGCGUCUGCCCUAUGAAAAUGCUAAUAAUUGCACAUUUCACCAAAUUUGUUGUUCUUACUAAGGGGUUGAGUGGUUGGUUUGGCAAUUUUUUAAAUAUGGUUGAAAUCUGAUAUUUUUGAGUUAAUGGUACUAAAUAAGGCAUCUUAAUUUCAAGUAUAUAUUUUAUGGAGAGAUAUUUAUAUGAUAUCGUCCUCUGCUGAUUGUUUGAUGACUGUGUUCACAGUUGGACGUGCCAGCGGAUGUAUUUAUUCACAUUUUGCAAAUUUUCUUAAGAGGGAAGUCAUAGCUACUCUUUGACUCUUGUGCCUUUUGGGAAUACUUUGUAACAAUCCUGUCUAUAUCUGACUUGUCUACUUUUGUUGAUUUUGAUGGUGUCUUAAACCUUUAACAGGUACUGCACUGACAAGGAUUUCCUAGCAGAAAAGAGGGCUCAAACGUGUACCGGUUACUAAUCAAUACAGUUUAUUUUCAACUGA